CGUAAGUUCACCAGCUAGGCACAGUACGAUCGCGGAGAAAGUGACACAUUCGGGGGACUGCAUGGUCAAAAACGAGUAAAAACCCAGCUUCCGUAAUAGCCUUCUACAGCGGAAUGUUUUCUCGAAGGGGCCAUGGAGACGUCAAGAAAUCUACACAGAAAGUUCUGGACCCAAAGAAGGAUGUCCUGACCCGGUUGAAGCACCUCCGAUCGCUGCUCGAUAUCAUCGACAAGAGCGAACUGAAGGCAUUCUUUGAGACCAACUGCUCUCAGAUCUAUUUUAUCUUCUAUGAAAAUUUCAUUACACUGGAAAGCAACUUAAAACAAAAAGGGAACAAGUCUCAACGGGAGGAGCUGGACUCCAUUCUCUUUAUUUUUGAAAAAAUACUUCAACUUCUUCCAGAGAAGAUUAACAGUAGAUGGCAGUUCCACAGUAUAGGUUCUAUUCUGAAGAAGCUUUUGCACACUGGAAACUCUUUCAAGAUCCGAUGCGAGGGGAUCCGGCUCUUCCUGCUCUGGUUGCAGGCGCUGCAGAACCAGUGUGCGGAGGAGCAGUUCCUGAUCUUCGCCUGCCUGGUGCCGGGCUUCCCAGCCGUCCCCUCCUCCCGCGGGCCCUGCACCCUCGACACCAUCAUCUACAACCCUUUCUCCAACCCGCCCGACGCCAAGGUGGUCCCUGAGGAGAUCACGCCGCUUGUUCCUGCUGUGCCUGGCGAGAAGGUGGCUGAUGACCAGACCUGCUACAUUCUCCAAACUCUGCUCAAGUUCAUGGUCAUCCAGGCAUCCAGUCUAGAGUGGAGAAACAAAGACCAACAAGACAGCGGCUUCAGGUUCCUCUUCUCUCUCUUCAAGAAAUUCUACCUUCCACACCUAUUCCCCACCUUCACCAAGCUCACCAACCUCUAUAAGCCUCUUUUAGACCUCCCCCACCACAGACCAAAGCCCCUGUACGUCCCGGUGACGCGGAACAAUGAGAGCACCUUCUGCACUCGGGACCAGUACCUGGCCCCCCGCGUGGCCUUCAUCACCUGGCUGGUCACCUUCUUCCUGGAGAAGAAGUACGUCAGCUCGUCCAUCCCUAACGCCAAGAACGGGACAGAGGUGCUGCCCAAGCUCAUCCAGACUGUGACCGCGGGCGGUGGCAGUCAGGAGAAGGCGGUGGAGCCGGAGCCCAAUGGGCCGUUGGAGCAGGAGAAGAGCCACUCCAACAGCAGCACGCUUUCGGAGCGUCGGCCGAGCACCUCCAGCGUGUGCAGCAUCGAGGAGGAGCACCGCGGCGUCUACGACAUGGUGCACUGCAUCCUACUGUCCACCCGCGACAACGUCAACUUCGUCAACGAGGUCUUCCAUCAGGCCUUCCUGCUGCCCUCCUGCGAGGCCUCGGCGACCCGGAAGGUGAUUAAAGUUUACAGGAAGUGGAUCUUGCAGGACAAGCCAGCGUUCAUGACGGAGCCGGACAAGGGCAGCCAAGAGGAGGAGAGCGAGGAGGACGGGUCAGAGCCGCUGCUGACCACAGAGACUGACAGCUCGCACACGCAGGCGCUGGAGAGCCACGGGCACAAGCGUUCGUCCAGCUGGGGACGCACUUACUCCUUCAGCAGCGCCAUCAGCCGGGGCUGCCUGACCGAGGAGCAGAACCACGACGUCAAGGCUGGCAUCCAGCCCACCCUGCAGGUUUUCCUGACCAACUCGGCAAACGUGUUCCUGCUGGAGCCCUGCCAGGACGUGCCCAAGCUGAUGGAGAACCAGGUGGAGGUGUGCAAAGGCGUGCUCAGCAUCUACCGGCAGAUGAUCAUGGAGCCCACCAUGAACAGGAAGACCUGGGAGCAGAUGCUGCAGGUGCUUCUGAGGAUCACGGAGGCGGUGAUGAAGCGGCCGCAGGAGAACCAAAGAAAGGACCCCUUCGCCGAGAAGCUGGCUGCCCUCCUCUUCCGGACGAUCAUCGUGGCGUGGGUCCGGGCCAACCUGAGCGUGUUCAUCUCGCGGGAGCUGUGGGACGAGCUGCUGGCCGUGCUGUCCUCGCUCACCGAGUGGGAGGAGCUGAUCAACGAGUGGGCCAACAUCAUGGACUCGCUGACCGCCGUGCUGGCUCGCUUCGUCUACAACCUGGACAUGGCCAACCUGCCGCUGGACAAGCUGAGCGAGCAGAAGGAGAAGAAGCAGAGGGGCAGGGGGGUGAUCCCGGACCCUCAGAAAGCGGCCUCCGUGGGGCGCUCUUUCUCCCUGAGCUGGAGGAACCAGGGGGACGGGGGGGUGCAGGAGCCCAUGCGUUUCCGCAGUGCCACCACAUCGGGGGCGCCCGGGGUGGAGAAAGCCCGAAACAGCGUCAGGCAGAAGGCGACAGACGUGGAGGAGGGCCAGCUGGUGGAGUGUGCCGGGGAGGGCGAGCCCGGGGACGGAGACACACCCCUCCCUCGCAGCAGCAGCACCUCUGACAUCACGCAGCCGCUGUCCGACGCCUUCCAAGGUCAGGAGAGGGAGUACUCGCCCAACGCCAGCAUCUCGGACGGCCGCGUGUGUGUUUCGGAGAGCGCCGGCUCAGGGAGGAGGGACGGCGAGCCGCCUGUGAUUUUGAUUCGGCGGAGUAGCAGUCCCGCUGACCUGGACUACGCUGGGGAGGGCCAGACGCCGUACGGGAGGGCCAAGCUGCGUGAGAAAAGCGAGAGCGUGAGCAGCGAGACCUCCAACGGGUGCCUCAAUGACGCCGACGUCAGCCUGCUGUCCUGGCAGGCCUUCGAGGAGGAGCCGGACUCCCAGUCGCCCCACGAUGUCACCGUCGACCCCGACCCCCGGGGGGGUCUCCUGCUGAGCCGCACGGAGGCGCUGGCAGACAGCAGCGAGUGCCUGACGGAUGACAUCAGCAUCAUCGCCGGGGGCAAUCUCACCGGCUGGCAUGCCGACUCCGCAGCUGUGAUCUGGAGGAGGAUUCUGGGAAUCCUCGGAGACGUCAACAGCAUCCGCUGCCCCAAGAUUCACGCCAAGGUGUUCUGCUACCUCUACGAGCUCUGGCACAAGCUGGCCAAGAUCAGAGACAAUCUGGGAAUCAGUGUGGAUAAUCAGUCGUCCCCGCCCCAGCCUGUCCUCAUCCCACCCCUACGCAUGCUGGCCUCCUGGCUCUUCAAGGCCACUGCGCUGCCUGUGGAGUAUAAGGCAGGGAAGCUGCAGGCCUACAAGCUGAUCUGUGAGAUGAUGACCAAGCGGCAGGAUGUCCUGCCCAACAGCGACUUCCUGGUGCACUUCUACCACGUCAUGCACAAGGGCUUCAACAGCGACGACCAGGACGUCCUGAACACGGUCAUCCGUCACUGCUCCCCACGGUUUUUCUUCCUGGGCCUGCCGGGCUUCACCAUGCUGCUGGGGGACUUCAUCACGGCCUCUGCGCGCAUCCUCGGCUCCGACGCCAUCGAGGCUCCCAGGAUUGAAGCACAGACAGUGCUGGGGUCACUCGUCUGCUUUCCCAACCUGUACCUGCAGAUUCCCUUUCUGCAGACCGUACCUGGAACCAGUGACAUCAUCGUAGGCAAGGAGGACGUAAAGGACUACCUGAUCAACAUCCUACUGCAGACGGCGCGGAAUGAGCCCAGUGAAGGAGCCAGGUGCAUCGCGGUUUGCAGCCUCGGGGUGUGGAUCUGUGAGGAGCUCGUGCAGCAGACGCACCACCCCCAGGUCAAAGAGGCCGUCAACAUCCUGGGUGUUACACUAAAGUUCGGGAAUAAGGUGGUGGCCCAAGCCGCGUGUGACGUCUUCCAGCUUCUUAUCUGCCACUGGCAACACCUGCAGAAGACCGAGCACUCGCUCCCGAAGAAGAUCACCGAGAUUUUUGUGGCCACCAUCGCAUUUCUUCUGCCAAGUGCGGAGCACUCAACGGUGGAGGCCGAUAAAAAGCUGAUGGUGUCGCUGUUGCUGUGCACGCUGGACUGGUGCAUGGCUCUCCCGCUCAGCACCCUGCUGGAGCCCAUCACCAUGCCGCUGCUGGACGACCCCUCGUCCCACAGGACACCCCUGCUGGACUACAUAUACAGGGUGCUACACUGCUGCGUUUCCGGCUCCACCCUCCACACCCAGCAGAGCCACUACCUCCUCAGCCUGGCCGACCUCUCCUCCAACGACUACGACCCCUUCCUGCCUCUCGGGAACGUCCGCAGCACCGAGCCCCCGCCCCCGCACCCCCCCGCCGACUACAGCAACCUGCUCACCGUGGCCGAGGAGAAGAAGAGGCGGAACAUGGAGCUGAUCCCGCUGACAGCGCGGAUGGUCAUGACGCACCUGGUGAACCACCUGGGCCACCAUCCGCUCAGCGGUGGCCCCGCCCUCCUGCACAGCCUGGUCAGUGAGAACCACGACAACCUGUACGUGGAGUCGUCGGAGCUGUCCUCCGAGGUCUUCAAGAGCCCCAACCUGCAGCUCUUCGUCUUCAACGACAGCACGCUGGUGUCGUGCCUCCAGAUCCCCCCCGUCGAGCACCCCGCGCCAGGCGACCCCCGGCCAGCGGCGUCCGAGGUGCGCAUGAUCGUGCGGGACAUUUCGGGCAAAUACUCCUGGGAUGGCCGGGUCCUCCACCGACCACUGGACGGCGACGGCAGCGAGGUGAGGCCGCCGGAUGUGGCCCUGCGGAUCCCGGAGGAGCCCCCCGCCCCGGGCUGCAGCCUGGUGGCCGGGGACGAGGGUGAGGACGUGCUGGACCUGCUGCUGGAGAGCCUGGGCCACAGCAGCCCGGAGUGCCUCCCCCAGCCCCGGCUCCGACUCAACCAGCCCGCCCCCUCGCCCUUCGGCAUGAACCUGGAGCAGGAGAGCUCCAUCACCGAGGCCGUGCUCCGGCAGACGCAGCAGGAGGAGGAGCAUGUGAGGAGGUGGAGCGGGAACCCCGGCGCCAGGUCCGCCCCGCAGCGGGAGCCCGGCCCCCAGGAGCCCAAAGCGCCCUUCUACUUCUGCAGGCUACUGCUCAACGACCUGGGCAUGAACUCCUGGGACCACAGGAAAAGCUUUCAUCUCCUGAAGAAAAACUCUAAGCUCUUGAGAGAACUGAAGAAUUUGGACUCAAGGCAGUGCCGAGAAACCCACAAGAUUGCUGUGUUCUACAUUGGUGAGGGACAGGAGGACAAGUGCUCCAUCCUGUCGGACACUGAGGGGAGCCAGGCCUACGAGGACUUUGUGUCUGGACUGGGAUGGGAGGUGGACUUGGCCACGCACUGCGGCUUCAUGGGAGGCCUACAGAGGAACGGCAGCACAGGACUCACCGCCCCCUACUACGCUACCUCCACCGUGGAAGUCAUCUUCCACGUCUCCACCCGAAUGCCCUCUGGCUCUGACGACUCCCUCACCAAAAAGCUGCGUCACCUGGGAAACGACGAGGUGCACAUCGUGUGGUCGGAGCACACGCGGGACUACCGCGGCGGGAUCAUCCCCACCGACUUUGGCGACGUGCUGAUCGUCGUGUACCCCAUGAAGAACCGCAUGUUCUUUGUCCAGAUCACGAAGAAGCCGCAGGUCCCCUUCUUCGGCCCUCUGUUUAACGGAGCCAUCGUCACAGGAGCGCUGCUGCCCACUCUGGUCCGCGCCACCUGCAUCAACGCCAGCAGAGCCGUCAAGAGCCGCCUCACGCUCUAUCAGAGCUUCUACGAAGAGCGGGCGCUGUACCUGGAGGCCAUCGUCCAGAACCACAGGGAGGUCAUGACCUUUGAGGAUUUCGCAGCCCAGGUCUUCUCCCCCUCACCGACUUACUACCCCCCCAGCGGGACAGGCUCCCUCAGCGGCAGCACGAGCGCCGAGCUCAGCGUUGCCGUGGGAACGGACUCCGCCGACCAGGUCUCCCCGACGAUGCCGCGUGCCACGAAGAACCGAGUUUCCGGAAAACUCCGCCGUUCAGCCAGCGCCAUAAGCAAGUCCUCCAACUGAGCUCUCCCCCGUCUGUUUUUUAAUCUUUAUUUUCAUUUUUUUAAUGUACAUGUCGUGUUCAGCUCUUAACUUCGCAAGAUUGUUUUAAAACCUCAUACCCCUCAUGACUGCAAUGUUAUGUUCUGUGUUUUUUUUUUUUGUUUGUUUCGUUUUUCAAAUAUUA